AUGGCAAGUCCCGUAGACCACCCUGGACUUGUCAAAUGGUACAACGUGAAGGCAGGAUGCGGGUUUAUCCAAGACCUUAGAACAGGAAAAGAUGUAUUCUGCCACGCAUCUGGCCUCACCCGGUCUCUUAAGGACCGGCCUCCCAGAGAAGGAGACCAAGUUCUCGCCAUCAGGGAGGAAAGAAAGAGGACCAGAGGCAAGGGAUGUGGUGCCCGUCGGCUCACAUCCUUACCCCGUCACGAGCAGAGUCGCUCUCGUCGAGACCAGCCCGGGACCGAGGCUGCUCCAAACCAACAAGCAGCAACAGCAGCAGAACCAGAGCCAACGGGAGACAAACCCCGGAACAGGAAGGAGACGCAAGACGACGUACCGGGAGAAGAAGAUGACGACGAGGAGGAAGAUGAGGAAGUGGACGUCCUGGGUAGUGGAAGUGAAGGGGAGGGCCCUUCGCCCCAGGCCAGCAAGCCAAAUUUCCCCUCCGAUCCCCAGCCCCCCUCCGGCAAGCAGGAAGAAGACGACGGCUGGGUAACCAAGACCAAGCGACGACGAAGGCCUUCACCUAAUACCCUUAGGUUGGUGCUUCCGAAGGCCGAAAGGACAACUACGCCAUCAGCUGCCCUCCGUGAGUCACCCACCGUCCAAAAGCUGAGGCAAGAAAAACGAACGGGGAAAAUCCGGGAAGACGUGCUGAUCGGCGUCUAUAUCCACGAAGAAAAUCGCUUCGUGGGGAACAUCAAGGGGUACACAGGUUUUCCCGGCUACAUGAGCUACUCGUACCCUAAAGACAGCAGCACACAAGUGAAGCGAAGUUAA